UAUACGCAGCGCUGUCGAUGUAUGUACGUUGAUCCUACGUUGGUUUCUGUGGUGGUGUGAGUUCGUUUCCUAAAUGAAAUGUUGCUAACAGCAACAAUGUCACCUUCGAGCCCCAAUUAAAAAUGUGGUUUGAAUCUCAGGUCAGUUACCCCGUCUUCUUCCCAGGCUUCUUAUUUAGAACUGUGCCAUGAUGGGUUUGCAGGCGACAACAGGUGUAGCAGCUGGCGGCAAGAGAAAACUGGUGGAGGCGGCGGCGACGGCGGCGACGCCCGGCGAUCCGACACCGGCUAAGAACGGAAGAUGGGAGGCGGAGGAUUGUAUAGCCAGGUUACAGGCGGUGGCGGUGCCGGCGGACGCGUGGAGAGCGCCCUCCGCACCCAUUACGCCCGUGCCGGCGUCUACGUCGCUCGCGGCCACCCUGCUGACGGCCGACGAAGAGUUCGACGACGACGAGUUCGAAGACGAGCUGUCCGACGAGGAGCGGUGCGUCGGCGUACCUGAACCGGCCAGGUUUACCUCACAGCCUUACACUAAUAGAUAUCAGUCGCCGACGUCCGACUAUUGGCAAUACUACCAGCCGCCCCAGCAACAAACGAUUCGUUGCGAGGAAAACGGCAAGUCGUACCUGGAAUUGGGUGCUUCACCUCCGGUGAGGACGCGUUGUUGCGACGGAAGGACGCGAUGGUGCCACGUGCCCUGCUACAGGCAGAGGCGGCUAGCCGUACUUAACCUGUCCAUGUGCAAAUUGGCGAGGUACCGCCAAUGCUCUGACCCAUCGCUUAGGCGGUCCGUGCUCAUUUGUAAUACGCUUAGAAGAUUAGAGAGGGAGAUGGAAAGCGAACCCCCGGAGCCCACUUUUCCGUCGAUGCCGGAGAUGGCGCCGCCAAGCAGGGUGAACCCCGUGGUCGAGCCCAGUUACGAGCAAAGUCUCAGGGACAUGACCUGUUCGUCGGGUCGUGCCACUCCGUUUCCUUCGACCGCCCCCGACACGGACUCCGGUCUGGGCGACGACGAGAUCUCGCGGCCCAUCAAUUGGGGUUCGGUGCUGAGUUUGACCUCACAAACAGACUUAGAGUCCCUAAACAAUAAUGAACUGUACGCGGAACUCGGUUUGACUAGUGUCAGUGACGAGUGGAAAGAACAAUCGGCUUCCUCAUCGCGUAAUGACAACGAGUGGGACGGUUUCAUGCAUGUACUUGUCGGGACGUAGCAAUAAACGGGGCCUGCGCUCUGCAACGCGUAACUGUUUUUUACUCAGGUUGUGAUCAACGUCGCCCGGUCGCAAAAUUGAAUCACGUUUCUGUAGUCUAAAAACGGCGACUCCCCCUAGACUGCUCAAGUAGACGAAAAUUACCGUGGUACACACUUAACUCGCAUGGUAACUCUUCCAAAAUGCAAAUACCUCUUAGACUAUAACAGCGUUAAACAUUUAUAAAAUAAAUAAGCGUUUGGUCCACCUUUAGAUCAGAAAACAUGAUUCAGUUUUGCACUUCGGUGAUUUUAAUAUCCCACUAAUGCGGGAUAUUUAGAUAAAAAGACAGUAUAGUGCAGUACAGGAAUUGUGCAGCUACAUAAAAAUUGUUGACUAUUUUUUUUAUAUAUUUCUAUUUAAAUAUAAGUUUUUACCUAAACAAGCGAGUUGGACUGAGGUACUUAGAUUGCGGGUGACUUAACGCAACACUAUGAUCUCUAUGGCUCAAAUUCAUAGCAUAGACUUAAAUGAAACUGUACGUACAUUAAGAAGCAUUCAAAUGUCGCGUUCUAUUAGGUUCUAGUUUAUCGAUUUUUUUACCGUGGAUGUGGACUUGCGACUGGACAACAAUAGCUACCCCAAAACUUAACCGCAAAACAUUUAAAUUUAACUCUUAUUAUAAUUUAUUACGUAUAUUUUUUUAAUUCAAAAUAAACAUUUCAACCAAAUAAAGGGGGAUUAACCUAGUCUAGUUGUGAGUCUAUACCAUAAAGUUAAUUUUCUGAAUUGACAAACAUAAUAGACUGAAAAAACUGAGAAUAUCGGUUACUAAUUGUAAAUACUAGGUAUUUUUAUACAUUUUACUCUUCCGUUUUAAGUAGCCUAUUAGUUAUUUUCGCAACUCUAUGCUAUGAAAGCUCAACAAAUUUAAUUUGCAGUCAAAAAUUCUAGUGGUAAAUUUAAAAUGUGGCUUCCAUGGGUGAUAUGCUUUUUACGUUUUUUAUGGAAGUGUUAUUUUAAAAUUAUCAUCGGAAAUGAAUGACCGUUUAUUGAUAUUAUUUUUUGGUGUUAUAGACCCAAAAUUUUUUGGGCAUUCCUGUGUACAUAACUGUGUAAUAUAAAUUGUAUAUAAGAGGAAAAAUUAUUCUAAUUAGGUCUAUAUUUGUAAAUAUUUCAUAUAAAUAUAUAUAUGUUAUAUUGCAUAUAUUUUAAAAAUGUGUGAAUUUAAUAAUGAAUAUUUGGCAAUGUGGUUAUACACUAAAACAAAUUAACUCCCAGUUCUUUUGUACAUUCUGGCAAACUAAUAUUUACAUCAAUUUGGUUACAGUAUAUUAGAUUACCGACGUUUAUUUUAUAAAUAACUUAAUUUUUGUUCAAGUCUUAUGUAAUAUUUAUAUAGGACUUAAACAAGAACGAGCCACGACUACAGGUUUUGAAAAUAUACUGAAUAAUCAACAUACAAUAAACUAUUUUUAUGUUACCAAACCUAAUGGAUUCAAUUCAUCUCACAGAAAAAAAUAUAAAUUGGGAGUAAAAAUCUAGUCUGAAAAUUGUCGUUCACUUUUGGAGAAAUUUCAGCCAGUAUUAAAACAAUUGUCAAAAAUACGCAAAUAGAAUUAAAGAAAAAAAAAUAAUUGUUUAAACCGUCCCCUCCAAAUUUCUUCCGAAGUGACCAGAUAAUGAUACAUUUGUAGGUGUACAAACCAUAUUAAGUAAUUGUAGUUAGCAAAUUUUAAGUCACAUUCACAAUUUGAUGUUUAUUGUGAAAGGGACUUUGUACUGUUUCUUGCCAUGACAAAUUAUUUCAAUACGAAAAUUUUAUAUUAUUGUUGCAGACCCCGGCGUACACACGAAACGCACUUAAAAACUGCUUAAUUAUGUUUGGGCAGUUUUUAGAUGCCACUGUGUGUAACUGGGAAUUUUGCUCAAUUAUUGUAUUCAGAUAUCCUUUUGUGACUUUGUUUAUCUUAUAAAUUUUAAGUUCCUACAUGUACAAACUUAAUUUAAGCUAAUUUAUUUUAAACUUUAUAGGAUAUUCCAAUAUUAAGUAUUACUCAAAAUUAAAUAACAAAAAGCAGAUCUGAAUACAUGUUCUUAAAAGGCUCUAAUACCUGUAAGCAUAAGAACUUUUUGACGUUUUUAUUUUUUUAUCAAAACAGUUUAUGUAACAAAUAAUAAUGUAAGGGCACAAGUGAAACUGUUAUAUUAAAAAGUAAAUUAUUGAAAUAAAAUACUGUUGUGGUACGAACAAUUUUAUAAGUUGUUAAAAUUGCAAUUUUAUUCACCAUAUAAAAAAUAGAAGAAUUUAUUAAUAAAAAUGGCAAUCAAUAUUAUACAGUUUUACAAAAAUAAAAAGCUGUGUUUCUAUUCUAAAAGAAAAUAUAUGCACAGAAUUUUAAAAAGAAUAUUUUGAUAAAGUUGCAAUAAAAAAAAUUCUUGAAUCAAUCUGUAAGGGGCUAAAAUAUUCUCAGAAAUUAAAAAAUUAUCAGGAAAAUUUUAAACAACGAUAAUGUUCUUAAGUACCAAUUUCGGGAGGAUAUUUCGGCCUCAGGUAAUAAAUAAGAAGAAUACUUGUACUUUCGUCCUACAUCGACGCAACGUCAAUAAUAAAAUUACGUACAACACUUAAUGGUGUGCAAGUAACAUGUGAUAUCAUGUAAUAUUAUGUUAGUGUUAAAAAUAAAUCGGUAUAUAUACAUAUUACCUCAUUUAUUGUUUUAUAUUUUUAUGUUUUAAUAUAAUAUCAAAUAAGCCAUUAGACUUUA